CAGAUCGACUAGUUGGAGUCGAAAUGGUUUACAAAAUUAAUAAAUAUUUGAAUAUUUAUCAAUGGUCAUUUCUUUUGUUAACCAUUAUAUCUCCUUUGAUAGUUAAAUGUGAGAGUGAUCCAGACGAGUUUGUCCCUCCAUUGAUUUACAUCCAAUCUCGUGGUUACACAGGUGAAAGUCAUUACAUAACUACCGAUGAUGGUUACAUUUUACAGGUUCAUCGUAUAAUAUCACCGAAAUACUUGAAUUUACCAAGAAAAGCUGCUCUCCUGCAACAUGGCCUUUUACUGUCUGGAAUGGUUUUCAUCAUUAAUUCACCGGGUGGAGGCGAUUACUUUCAUGGACCGGUAGAGAACCAUGACCCAGUAAAUCAUUACAGAAGUCGCCAUCCUGAGAUUGGAAACAAUUUAGGUUUUCUAUUAGCUGACCAUGGAUAUGAUGUUUGGUUGGCCAAUUCAAGAGGAAACACUUAUUCAACCAACCACACCAAACUGAGUCCUUUUCAAGAUAAAAAAUAUUGGGAAUUUUCUUUUGAUGAAAUGGCCCUCUACGAUUUACCAGCGGUCAUCAGUCAUAUACAGUACGUUACUGGGCAGAAAGAAAUAGCUUACAUUGGACAUUCCCAAGGAACAGCAAUAGCUUUUGUUUUACUUUCAGAGAGACCUCAGUAUGCGUCGAUUCUUAAACCAGUCAUUUUGUUGGCGCCGAUUAUGAAUAUAUCAACUACCAAAGAUGCAUUGAAACAUGUACUAACUGAUGAAGAGUUGAUGAAAGAUUUGCUCAAAGUUGGUGGACCUUUGCUUCCUCAUGCCUCUUUGCUCGAGCUUUUCCCAGAAGUUGUUUGCGCUACAAAACUCCUUUACAUAUGUGAAAAUGUACUUCAAAUAAUGGGAGGACUCAAUGUAGCCCAGUUGAACGUAACUCGACUUCCAGUUUACUUUUCAUACAUUCCCGCAGGAACAUCAGCUAAAAAUUUUGUCCACUACAAACAGAUGGUUUUAAAAGGGGCUCGAUAUUUUGACCAUGGUCCAGAAAAAAAUAUGGCAAUGUAUGGAAAAUCAGAGCCUCCAGAGUUUCACUUUGAUAGACUGGAUACAAGUAAUAUGGUCAUGUUUUGGAGUGAAAAUGAUUUGUUUUGUGGAGCAGAAGAAAUGGAUGCUGUUAGACGGACUCUCAGACGUCCUCCUAUGGCCGAGUACAGAAUACCUGAUCCUUUAUGGUCACAUAUGGACUUUCUCUUUGGUCGUCAAGCUGGACGUUUUGUCAAUGGACCAAUAUUAGGCAUUUUAAAACGCUAUCCGAUUUCCUGGUUACCUGGUCGAGGUCCUCAAAACCAUGGAAGCUUCUCUGGUCACUCUAAUUUACCAACACCAGCCCAUAAACCUGGUCAACUGAUUAAUAAGCCAAAAUAUAGUCGACCUUAUCAACCUUCACUUAACGGAUAACAUCUUUAAUCAAGUCGCAUUAAAGCAACUGUCUUUCAUUGCAAUUAGUUGAUUUCAAAUGUACGUUUGGACGCUGAUCCAGUUAAAUUGUGAAAUUAUUUUA